GAGGCGAGGCGGAGGAGGCGGCGCUGGCGCUGGCGCUGGGCCUUUCCUUCCUCCCUCCCUGGGCCUCCCUCUCCUUCCUCGGGCGAUGUCGGGGCUGCUGGGGGGCGUGCGAGUGCUGGAGCUGGCGGGGCUGGCGCCGGCCCCUCUCUGCGGCCUGGUGCUGGCCGACUUCGGGGCGGAGGUGGUGCGCGUGGACCGGGCUCCCCGGGCGGCCUUCUCCGGCGCAGACGUCCAGGGCCGCGGGAAGCGCUCGCUGGCCCUCGACCUCAAGCGCCGCCAGGGCGCCCAGGCCCUCAGGCGCCUCUGCCGAAGGGCCGACGUCCUCCUGGAGCCCUUCCGCCCAGGUGCCGCUCUCAGGACCCCGCGCGGCAGGAAUAACAACAACCCACUUCGAGGCCGCUCCGACUGCCCUGGCGCCAUGAUUAGGAGCUCUGGGAACUGUAGUGUUUGAGAGACAUCAGGCAGAGCUCUGGGCCACCAGAAACUACACUUCCCAGGAUUCCCUGGCACUGGAGCCAAAGCAGCCUCAGGCUGAACUGUUGUUUCAUCUGCAGCAGUGUGUUUUGGACCCAAGAAGGCUAAGUCUCUCACAGAAACUGCAGUUCCCAGGAUUCCCUGGCACUAGAGCCAGGGCGGUUAAAGCGGUCUCAGACUGGAGCAUUCCUGCAGCGUGGUUUUGGACCCUCAAAACGUCCUCCCUUUUGAGCAUGACUUAAGAAUUUGUUUGUUUAUAUUCAUAUAUGCAUGUAUUAUAUAUUAUAUUUAUUCAUUUAUAUUUAUAUAUUAUAUUAUUUGUUGUUGUUCUUCGCUGCUCUUCAGUUGGCUCCA